AUGCAAAGUCAUAUGCCAGAAGAUGAUGAUGUUCUUCCUGCAACAUACGGAACCAUGAACCCUGGGUUUAAUCCCAUGCUAGACAUACCCGUGUCACGCUCGCAACCAGACGAUCCAACAGAGACAUCAGGAGGUUCGCGAAGAGACCCCUCGAUUAAAGGAGCAACUCGGGAUGCUGAGGAACUGGCUGUUAUCACGGAAGUACCACCACACGAGACUCGUCUAGAAGAUAAGCUGUUCGAUGCAGUCAAAGUCCGGCCUCAAGUUCCAGAAUCGUACUUCAUACCCCCCGAGGAAAUCAGGCGUCUCGUUACCAUUGAUUCGAUUCUUUCGGAGCUGCAAAGAUGCGGAAUAGGUUUUGCUCAAACCGAGCUCCAGCAGAAAGCAGAGGAGAUCGCCAGGACCGCCAGAAACCUGUUUGCUGUGCUAGUCUGUCACGAAUUGGGAGAAUGCAUUUUGGAUUUCCUAAACGAAGGGGUGUGUGAUGAAGAUAUGCCUUUUGUCAGAGUCAGGCUUGAAAAGAGGGAUGGCAGAGCUGGCCGGGGUCUUUUCAAACUUGAAAGUCGUCGACACAAAGGGAGGGUUCUGAAAUGCAUGGCAACAACUAAGUGGACCAGGGCCAAUUUGGAAGGACUUCUUCGGGAUCAGUGCUGGGUCCUUGAGCCUAAAGAACAAGAAGGAGCCCAAGCGGAUGAAGAAGGCCGGGCAUCAAAGCCUUCAGGAUAA